CCCCCGGGCCGGGGCCGCGCCGCGCCGGGCCGGGCCGCGCCCGGGCGGGGCCGCGCUGCCUGCAUGACCCUCCGGCGGCGCGGGGAGAAGGCGACCAUCAGCAUCCAGGAGCAUAUGGCCAUCGACGUGUGCCCCGGCCCCAUCCGGCCCAUCAAGCAGAUCUCCGACUACUUCCCCCGCUUCCCGCGGGGCCUGCCCCCGGACGCGGGGCCCCGCGCCGCCGCGCCCCCCGCCGCCCCCGCGCGCCCGGCCGCGGCCGGCGGCGGCCGCCGCAGCCCCUCCGACGGCGCGCGCGAGGACGACGAGGAUGUGGACCAGCUCUUCGGAGCCUACGGCGCCAGCCCGGGCCCCAGCCCGGUGGCCAGCCCCGCGCGGCCGCCCGCCAAGCCGCCCGAGGACGAGCCGGACGCCGACGGCUACGAGUCCGACGACUGCACGGCCCUGGGCACGCUGGACUUCAGCCUGCUGUACGACCAGGAGAACAGCGCCCUCCACUGCACCAUCAACAAGGCCAAGGGCCUGAAGCCGAUGGACCACAACGGGCUGGCUGACCCCUAUGUCAAGCUGCAUCUGCUGCCAGGAGCCAGCAAGGCAAAUAAGCUCCGAACGAAAACCCUCCGAAACACUCUGAACCCCACCUGGAACGAGACCCUCACCUACUACGGAAUCACGGAUGAAGACAUGGUUCGAAAGACACUGCGGAUCUCUGUGUGUGAUGAGGAUAAAUUCCGCCACAAUGAGUUCAUCGGGGAGACACGAGUGCCCCUGAAAAAACUGAAGCCCAACCACACCAAGACAUUCAGCAUCUGCCUGGAGAAGCAGCUGCCGGUGGACAAGGGUGAAGACAAGUCCCUGGAGGAGCGGGGCCGCAUCCUCAUCUCCCUCAAGUACAGCUCCCAGAAGCAGGGCCUGCUCGUCGGCAUCGUACGCUGCGCCCACCUGGCCGCUAUGGACGCCAACGGCUACUCGGACCCCUACGUAAAAACAUACUUGAAGCCUGAUGUGGACAAGAAAUCCAAGCACAAGACGGCAGUGAAGAAGAAGACCCUGAACCCCGAGUUCAAUGAGGAGUUCUGUUACGAGAUCAAGCACGGGGACCUGGCCAAGAAGACACUGGAGGUCACAGUCUGGGACUACGACAUCGGAAAAUCCAACGACUUUAUCGGCGGGGUGGUCCUGGGCAUCAACGCCAAGGGGGAGCGCCUGAAGCACUGGUUUGACUGCCUGAAGAACAAGGACAAGCGCAUCGAGCGCUGGCACACGCUCACCAGCGAGCUCCCAGGGGCCGCGCUCAGCGACUGAUGGACACCCCGCUGCCAGACACCUGCUCAGACAUGGAGCCGCUGCCGCCGC